GGGCUGGGGCGCAGCAGCUGGGGGCGCAGCAGGGGGGCUCGCAGCAGCUCUCUGGGCAGUCGUCCACCUGCCAGGAGUCGGGGCAGGGGUCACAGGAGCCGGGCAUGCAGACGUUGCUGCCGUAGCUCAGCUCACCGCCCGCCACGGCCGCCUCCACCAUGUCCGUCUGCUCCAGCAACCUGAGCUACGGCAGCAACGUCUGCAUGCCCGGCUCCUGUGACCCCUGCCCCGACUCCUGGCAGGUGGACGACUGCCCAGAGAGCUGCUGCGAGCCCCCCUGCUGCGCCCCCAGCUGCUGCGCCCCAGCCCCCUCCGUGACCCUCGUCUGCACCCCAGGGAGCUGCCAGUCAGCGUGCACCAGCUCCUGCACGCCCCUGUGCUGCCAGCAGUCUAGCUGCCAGCCCUCGUGCUGCUCCUCCAACCCUUGCCAGCAGCCCAGCUAUGUGACCCUCUGCUGCAAACCCGUGAGCUGUGUGUCCAUCUCCUGUGUGCCCGUCUGCUCUGGGACCCCUUCCUCCUGCUGCCAGCAGUCUAGCUGCCAGCCCUCGUGCUGCUCCUCCAACCCCUGCCAGCAGCCCAGCUAUGUGACCCUCUGCUGCAAGCCCCUGAGCUGUGUGCCCGUCUGCUCUGGGGACUCCUCCCCCUGCUGCCAGCCAUCCUGCAGCCCCUCCCCCUGCCAGCAGCCCAGCCGUGUGACCCUCUGCUGCAGGCCCCUGAGCUGUGUGCCCAUCUGCCCACGCCCCUCGUGCUGCCAGCCCAGCCCCUGCCCCUCGUCCUGCUGCAGACCCUCCUCCUGCGUGUCCCUGCUCUGCCGCCCCGUGUGCAGGCCCGCCUGCUGCGUGCCCGCCCCCUCCUGCCAGCCCAGCUGCUGCCGCCCGGCCUCCUGCGUAUCCCUGCUCUGCCGCCCCGCCUGCUCCCGCCCCGCCUGCUGCGGCCUCUCCUCGGGACAGUCCUGCUGCUGACUGGCAUGCUCCUCUGGGCCCUCCGCAUUACCCUGCACCUCCCAUUCAUCCCCGGUCUGGUCCUGAUCCAGGUCGGGUCCCUGUGUGUCCACCUUGCUGACUGACCUCCCUCGUGCCCCCAGGAUCUGCUCUGGGUCACGUGGCCCAACCUCAGCUGUCAGCAUCUCACGGGGCCCCCAAUAAACUGCCCUGAGCACCUGA